GUUUGAGAAGUUUGAACACUUUUCAUUUAUUAUUUGCAAUGAAGUCUCGCCGGGGAAGGUGUGUCCGACCAUCGGCGGUGCUGGAGAAAGAAUCGAAACAUUUUAUGAAAGCCAUACUUCCUUCACCCAUUCAUGCCAAACAAAUUAGAAUUCCAGACGAAUUUAUAACAAGAUUUGGGAAUGAACUCAAGAAUGUUGCUACAAUCAUUGUUCCUGAUGGUUGUGUUUGGGAAAUGGAACUGAAGAAAUGCGACGAACAUGUUUUCUUUUGCAACGGAUGGCAAGAGUUUGUAGAAUACUAUUCUAUAGGAUAUGGUUGCUACCUGUCUUUCAAAUAUAAAGGGAAUUCAAAGUUUAGAGUUAUUAUAUUUAAUGCAACUUCUGUUGAAAUUUGCUAUCCUUUGAAAACUCCGAGUACUAAUGGAGAACAAAACAAAAAGUAUUCUAGUCCUAGGAAAAGGAAGGUUGAAACAAGUGAGAGUCAUGGGAAAAAGGUCAAAAUAAUGUCUAAACAUGCUUCUAAAAGAGCAGAGGAUGCUGCCAAUGUAUUCAACCCAAAUAAUCCAUAUUUUUGUUCCAAAGUUGCUAAGGGAAGAUGUGUGUAUGUUCCUUCUGAUUUUGCUUUCAAGUAUCUGAAGCUAAAUGUUCCUAUAAAACUCCAAAAUUCUCAUGGGGAGCAGCAGGAAGUUUUUUGCAUAUUGCCUGAUUCCAGAUCAUCAUAUAUGCGAAUAUCGAAAGGAUUUUCUAAAUUUCAAAGGAACAACAACCUGUCACCUGGAGAUUAUUGUGUGUUUGAGCUGAUCAAGAAGAAGCCGGUUGUGCUAAAAGUGACGAUGUUUCGUGCGGUUGACUAUUGCGAUUAACAGCUUAUGCAUCCUCUCUCCUGUGACGAAGAAUGAGGCAUGAUAUUGUAUGCUAUAUAUUGUUUUGGUAUGUGAUAAUUUACGAGGAUUGUAUGAAAUAGUAACAGGCACUUUUGUAUUCUGUGUUUGAUUGCUUUCAUUUCAUGGGAUGGUUUUGUUUUUUGGAUUAUGAAGCUGUGUAGAAUAUUAGAAAUUUAGAAACCUACUAGCAGCUUAGGGAAUCGUUGGACUAGGGCUAGGAUUAGGAGUAUCUUCAAACUUCAAUGACUGCGCAAAGAAGCAUGUUGAUGAGAAACUAUGAUGGAUUAUU